GGGGAGGCGAUAGAACUGGAGGAAUAAUAAGAUGCGCAUGAAGUGGUUGUGAAUUGGCUACAAACGAGAAAGUUUUCGUGCAGUAGUUGUGGUGAAUAACACAGGUUUCUCGCUUGCGAUCGCAUGUUUAAAAUCGCGUUUGCGACGGAAAGACGGCAGCAGCGUCAGCUCACCAGUGGACGGAGUGGAUUAGGUCCUGGCAGUGGCUCUCCUUUCAAUAUUGAAUUUAAAAGUUGGAGAAAGUCCCUACGCGCGGACAGAGAGAGAACCGCCCUUUCUCUUGGGACGAGAAGAAGUUGUUCUGUUACUGGAUUUCAGUUUACGAACGUCGGACAUCUGAGCUGCGUGAGGAGGGUCAUCUGUCCUCCGCCGAGAACGACGGCCGGGCUGGAACGGCCGAUUAAAGCUGAAAAGGUGUUCGCUCGUUUGCCCAGAGGAUCCCUGGAGGAGUUUCUCGCUGCUUUUUCAUCACUGAAGCUGUUAUGUCCAAAUUUGCAAGGAUGAAGUUGGGAUGGGCAGGUGGACCCCUGCGUAUCUGCGUUCAACCUGUAUAAACUUUGCGUGUUACUUAAAUGUAACUGUUCCGACAGACGAAAACUAACAGCAGUCAGCGGAAUGAACAAUGAAUACUUGAAUUUAUGCAUUUUUUUAAAAAAUUGUUCCGUUCAUUUUGUUUUCCAUCCCAAAUGCUUCACUUUGCUAGAGUUUAACCAGAAUGCAGCAACCACCACGGCCCUGUUGAAAGUUGGGUGAAUAGGACUUUUUCCCUGCCUAUAACUUUGAAACGGAAGAAAACCAAUGUCUACCUGCGGCAGUCCCUCCCCUCCAUCCUUUCCGAGAGCACUUCCCCUUUCUCAGCAUCCCGCCGCUCCGCCGACUCCCUCUCCUUCUCCCAGCCCACCGGCGCCCUUCUACAGCCGCCUGUCCAACGGCAGCCUGACUGCUCAGAGUCCCACCAGCCACCGGCGUUCCUUCAACGGCCUUUCCUUCCUCCUCCAGAUUGGGCUGACCAGAGAAGCGGUCAGCCUUGAGCCUGGCGAUGUGUCUCUGUCUGCAGUUAAAGAACUCGUCUGCUCCAUAGUGGACCAGAAGUUCCCUGAGUGUGGAUUCUUUGGCAUGUAUGACAAGAUCCUACUCUUCCGCCAUGACUUGAACUCGGAGAACAUCUUGCAGCGGCUGAUGUCCGCCGAAGACAUUCACGAGGGUGAUCUGAUCGAAGUUGUCCUCUCUGCUCUUGCUACUGUGGAAGACUUCCAGAUCCGACCACAUACCCUGUAUGUACACUCCUAUAAGGCACCAGCCUUCUGCGAUGACUGCGGGGAGAUGCUGUGGGGCCUUGUCCGGCAAGGCCUCAAGUGUGAGGGGUGUGGCCUGAAUUACCACAAGCGUUGUGCCUUUAAGAUUCCUAACAACUGCACUGGAGUGCGAAAGCGACGCCUCUCCAAUGUCUCCCUUCCAGGCCCCUCACAGGUGGCCCCCCGGCCCAUCCCUGUGGACCAUGCUGUCCCUGCUGUGGAGGAGCGAUCCCACCAGGAGGCAGGGAAACGCAUCCCGUCCUGGAGUGGUCGACCCAUCUGGAUGGAGAAAAUGGUCCUGGGGCGGGUCAAAGUGCCCCACACCUUCGCUGUUCACUCGUACACCCGGCCCACCAUCUGCCAGUACUGUAAGCGUCUGCUCAAGGGCCUGUUCCGCCAGGGCAUGCAGUGUAAAGACUGUAAAUUUAAUUGCCACAAGCGGUGUGCAUCGAAGGUACCAAGAGACUGCCUGGGUGAGGUGGUCUUCAAUGGAGAGCCGGCCAGCCCGGGCCCGGACUUGGAGACGGCCAUGGAGGUGGACAGCAAUGGCAGCAGGGCCCUGGAUGACAGUGAGGAGCCUGCGACCCCUGAUGACAAGAUCUUUUUCAUGGACCCAUCUUUCCUGGAUGGGGAGAAGGAUGAGGAGACCAUGGAAACUUCCAAGACCAUCAGUCCCUCUACCAGCAGCAACAUCCCCCUGAUGCGGGUGGUGCAGUCUGUCAAACACACCAAGAGGCGAAGCUCCACAGUGGUGCGUGAGGGCUGGAUGGUGCACUACACCAGCAAAGAUAACCUGAGGAAGAGGCACUAUUGGAGGCUUGACAGCAAGUGUCUGACCCUGUAUCAAAAUGACACUGGCUCAAAGUUUUACAAGGAGAUACCCCUCUCGGAGAUUUUGCGAGUGGAUACGGCGCAGGACUUCAGCAGCCUGGCCCAAGGUGGCAACCCUCAUUGCUUUGAGGUCAUCACAGACAGUGUGGUUUACUACGUUGGGGAGAGCAGCCUGGGGGGUCACCACAACCCCGCUCUGGCCGCCUCAGGAGUAGGCCUGGAGGUGGCCCAGGGCUGGGAGAAAGCCAUCCGGCAGGCACUCAUGCCUGUCACUCCACAGCCCAGUGAAUGUACUGCUACGGGACAGAGCAAAGACCACAAAGAGUUGUCCAUCAGCAUAUCUGUCUCCAGGUCCCAGGUGAAGGAGAAUGUGGACAUCAGCUCAGUCUACCAAAUCUUUGCUGAUGAAGUCCUUGGCUCAGGGCAGUUUGGAAUUGUGUAUGGAGGUAAACACAGAAAAACUGGACGAGAUGUUGCAAUCAAAGUGAUCGACAAAAUGAGGUUCCCCACCAAGCAGGAGAGCCAGCUUAGGAAUGAGGUGGCCAUUCUGCAGAACCUGCACCACCCUGGCAUUGUAAACCUGGAAUGCAUGUUUGAGACACCUGAGAGGGUCUUUGUUGUCAUGGAGAAACUCCAUGGAGACAUGCUGGAGAUGAUUCUGUCCAGUGAGAAGAGCAGGCUCCCUGAGCGCCUAACCAAGUUCCUGGUCACACAGAUCUUGGUGGCUCUGAGGCACCUGCAUUUUAAGAACAUUGUUCACUGUGACCUUAAGCCAGAAAAUGUCCUCCUGGCAUCAGCAGAGCCCUUUCCUCAGGUCAAACUCUGCGACUUCGGCUUCGCUCGCAUCAUUGGGGAGAAGUCAUUUCGUCGCUCAGUGGUGGGCACUCCAGCUUACCUUGCACCUGAGGUCUUGCGGAGCAAGGGCUACAAUCGCUCACUGGACAUGUGGUCCGUGGGUGUCAUCAUCUACGUGAGCCUGAGCGGAACCUUCCCCUUCAAUGAGGAUGAAGACAUUAACGACCAGAUCCAAAAUGCAGCCUUCAUGUACCCCUCCAACCCCUGGAAGGAGAUCUCCAUGGAAGCCACAGAUCUGAUCAACAACCUUUUGCAAGUGAAAAUGAGGAAGCGCUACAGUGUGGACAAAUCCCUCAGUCACCCAUGGCUACAGGACUAUCAGACGUGGUUGGAUUUGCGGGAGUUUGAGACGAAAAGGGGUGAACGCUACAUCACCCAUGAAAGUGAUGAUGCCCGUUGGGAAGAGUAUGCUGAUGCACACAACUUGGUCUACCCCCAGCAUUUCAUCAUGGCACCAAACUUGGAUGACAUGGAGGAGGACCCCUAGAGGCCUGGAGGACCUUCUGACUUGCUGUGAAAAGACAACAGCAUAAGACCACAACCAGACAUUGGAGACCUUGGGAAGAGGAGCAUCUACUAUGUUUGUGGCUGUGUGUCAGUUUCGGUGUGCCACAGGGAGCAAAGACGGGUCAUUCAACAGUAAUGACUGAGCGAAACUGAUGUGGAGUGACAUGGAUUUCCAGCUUCUGCUUCUGUGAAUUUUUUAACAUUCCAGUUUUAAAAAAGGAAGUCUUGAAGAGGAACUCUGUUUUAGUAAACUGCCUCUUUACAGGUCAUAAGACAUUGGUCCUUUGAAUUUCUACCAUAUAUUUUACAUGGGGUUUAAUAGGCAUCAAUUGAUUCACAUUUUAUUGAUAUUAAACCCAU